CUGAAGUCUUGACCGAGCGCCAUGGGUGCCCAAGUGAGUGAAAAUUGCUGCGGUCCACGAGAAAAGGACAGCGCUGGGCGGUACUUAGAAGCGCCGCCCAGGGCGGCCAGCCAAUAUCUCACGGAGGCGCUGACCUAUAGCGAGAAAGCUUUGAAGAGAAGUUGCUGCCGCUACGGCGACGGCUGCCAGCGUGCGAACCCCGUGCACUUCGUGGAGGAAUCCCACCCCGGAGAUCCGGACUACGAGGCGGACGGGGCCGUAACAGUGCCUGUAGUGGCGGCUGGAGCUCUGCUACCUCGCAGGCAGGACAGUUUCGAUUGGAUUCGACUUGCGAAUGGGCCUGAGGACCGCAUGCUUCGUGCUGGGACGGCCGCCUUGACGUUGAAGGCGUGUCGUGGCAACGGCUACCAGUUGGCCGAGGCGGUGGUUCCCUUGCGCCACAUCGAUGCCUUACUCCAAGGCACGCAGAUAGUGACCCUGGAAGAGGUGUCGCGUCAGCUGUCCCAGAGCCGCGGCUGGUUCGCCUCCUCUGCGGCGCCACGCGUGACGCUGAGCCGCCAUGGCACCGCGCUGGACGCGGCGCUCAGUGUGGUCAACGGGCGAGCGAAGGUGGCGGUGCUGGGGGCAGCUUCUGCUUACCAUCCCUGCGGCGGCUUUUGCACGGGUGGCCGGCAUGCCCUGGAGGAGACCUAG